CUCAUUUACUCACCCGGAACAAUAACAGACGGAAACCAGAGAGAGAGAGAGAUGGCGCGAGCAGCGAAGUCAGCGUUGGUGCUUUGCAUGGAUGUGGGUUUCUCCAUGAGCAACUCUGAGCCUGGCCAGGAACCGUCCUUCGAACAGGCCAAAAAAGUCAUCCAGAAGUUUGUCCAGCGGCAGGUGUUUGCUGAGAAUAAAGAUGAGGUGGGUCUGGUGCUGUUUGGUACAGAUGGCACGAAGAACGGCUUGGCCAAAGACGGCCAGUAUGAGAACAUCACGGUUCACCGUCACCUCAUGAUGCCUGAUUUUGAGCUGCUCGAGGAGAUUGAGAGCGAACUGCAACCUGGUGGUCAGCAAGCGGACUGGCUUGAUGCUCUGGUCGUUUGCAUGGACCUUUUGCAGAAGGAAACCAUGGGGAAGAAGUUUGAGCGUCUGAAUAUUGUCCUGCUGACGGAUCUGAACGUCCAGACCUCGGCAGACCAGCUGGACGUUAUCAUUGACAGCUUGAAGAAAGCUGGUAUCACCCUGCAGUUCUUUUUGCCGUUCCCUGUGGAUGGUGAGGACAGAGCGGAUGGUGGAGGGGAUGGACCGGGACCCUCAGCGGCUCCUGCCCGUCCUGGAAAAGGCUUGAGCAGACAGCAGACACAAGGUCUGGAGAUGGUCAAAAACAUCAUGACCAGCCUGGAGGAGGAGGACAGCCUGGAGGAGGUCUACACAUUUAGUGAUGCUCUGCAGAAGCUGUCCAUCUUCAAGCGCAUCGACAGGAGGCCGAUGGCUUGGCCCUGUCAGCUGACCAUCGGCAGCUCCCUGACCAUCCGCAUCGUCGGAUACAAAGCUGUGACGGAGGAGAAGGUGAAGAAGUCCUGGGCCAUAGUAGAAGCUCAGAGUCACCAGAGAGACGACGUCAAGAGAGAAACGGUUUACUGCCUGGAUGAUGAUAAUGAAACUGAAGUACAGAAGGACGACACUAUCCAAGGUUUCCGUUAUGGAAGCGACAUUGUGCCGUUUUCUAAGGUGGACGAGGACCAGAUGAAAUAUAAGUCUGAUGGGAAGUGUUUUUCUGUGCUUGGCUUCACUAAACAGGAGCUGAUUCGUCGUCAUCAGUUUAUGGGAAGCCAAGUUGUCAAAGUUUUUGCACCCAGAGACGAUGAGCAUGCAGCAGUGGCGCUGUCCGCUCUGAUUCGUGCCCUCGACAGUCUAAAGAUGGCAGCGAUUGUACGUUAUGCUUACGAUCGUCGCAGCAACCCUCAAGUGGGCGCCGCUUUUCCCUGCAUAAAGGAGAAAUAUGAAUGUCUGCUGUACGUGCAGCUGCCGUUUAUGGAGGAUCUCCGACAGUUCACAUUCCCAGUGUUGGAGAACAACAAGAAGUUCACGCCUUCAGCGUCUCAGCUGUCAGCCGUGGACGCGCUGAUCGACUCCAUGAUGCUGGUGGAAAAGGAUGAGGAUGGAGAGAGCGUGGACGUCUUCAAAGUCAACCACUUUCCAAACCCUCAGUUCCAGAGACUUUUCCAGUGCUUGCAUCACCGCGGUGUGAAUCCUGAUGAUCCCCUGCCGCCUGUAGAGCCGUGGCUGAAGAGGGAUCUAGAGCGGCCCCAGGCCGUGUCUGCCCGCUGCCAGACCGCUCUGCAGGACGUCAAGACCAAGUUCCCACUGAAAGUGGUGGUGAAAAAGAAAGAGCAGAAGACGAGCGCAGACGUGUUCGGCAGCAGUGCUGAUGAACCAGAUGCGAAGAAAGUCAAAGUGGAUGAAGAGACGGAGUUUAACCUGGCCGAGAUUGCGAAAGGAAACAUCACAUCGAGAAUUGAUGCAUUUGCUUACGCACUUCUUACUGCACCUGCCCACAAUGUACUCCAUCAGAGCGGAAACGCAGAGCUGUUCAACAGCUACAUGCAGUCCCUGAAGAGGAGCGUUCCUGACAGGAAUCUUCAGGAGUUCUGGGAUCUGCUCAUCCAAGAUGCUCUGACGCUCAUUAGCAAAGAUGAAGUGGACGGAAGCACCUUUUCCAAACAAGAUGCAAACCAGUUCUUGGCGUUUGAGCAGAAAGAGGAAGUGCAGGCGGCUCCAGUGCAGGAGGACACUGGAGAUGUGGAUGAUCUGCUGGACAUGAUGUAAAGCGGUUGUCUUCAACACCUGCGUCCAUCCACAGCUCAUGCAACUCUGCGUUAGGUGCCAUUCCUUGUGUCUAUUAACGAAACGCAAAUCUCCAAAAAAGUUCUAGUGCUUCACUAAAUCAGGUUCGUUUGUACUUUGCAUGAUUAUGUUGCUCGAGCUUGAUUACUUGAAUGUCGCACAGUCUGUAUUUGUUGGAUUUUCUAAAGGAAAAUAAAUGUCCGUGUACUUUAUACAGAAACUCAAAUAAAAGAUCA